GGACGGCAUUAAUUUCCCGAAAUGACUUUUAAUGAGUGGCGGCGGUGCCGGGAGUGGGGGCGCCCCUUCCCCCGGCCCGGUCCGUGGCCGCCGCGGUGGAGGCGGUGCCGGUCCCGCGGGGCGCACAGGACCGCGGCCUGGAAAGUUUCGCGGCGUUUUUAGGGUGCUCACCCCACUCUUCACCGCCGUCCGCCCCGCGUCGGCGGCUCUGGGGAUGGGGCGAGAGUGCCCGGCACGCGGUCGCGGUCGCCCCUUCUUCCCCCAGCCCCCCCCGACCCUUUCCGCGGCUGCACCCCCACUCCUCCCGGUCCUUGUCUGCUCGUUUGGGUUAUUUCAUCUCCCAACUUUUUGGGUGGGAACGGGGGGUUUCUUUAGGAGGGUGUCGGGAAGGCCGUUAGGGCUCCCCAUAAGCUGGCCCCGCGUGGGGGGCGUACCCCAAAACCAGGGGUCAGGGCGGGGGGCAAAGGCCUCACCCUCGUGCUGUGCCAUGCACCUGGGCUGUCCGCAGUGCCUGCCCUGCCCUGGAGCCCCCAGCCCCUGCCUGGGGCCUGCUGCCAUCGCUGAGCUGGGACAGUGGCCCUGAUCCUGCAGCCAGGGAAAGGGACUCCCCUCGAGGCCUCAUUCCAACCGGGGCACGUCCAUCAUGGUCUUCGGCCCCGUCCCAUAUCCUCAUCUGCGGAGAUGGACACAGCAUGGGCCAUAGUCUGGACAAGUGUGGGGCAUCGGUUGCCUCUGAGGUGCUGCUGCCGGGAGUGAGAAAUGAAAAGAUGCUUUUUUCCAGGGAAAGGAACAUCUGUAGUUGUGAAGUGAGCCCACUGGAAAGCCAACCAAUAUGCUUCACCAGGCACAGACAAUCCACAUCGUCUUGAUUCAUCAUCAUUCCAGGAUAGUGGUGUCCUUGGGGCUCUCUCUUAACACUGAUAUGGUACAGAAGAUUUAAAAUCAGCUGAUGUUCACAAGGAAUAGAGUCACGUGAUGUAUGAAGGCAAACACAUACACUUCUCUGAGGUUGACAAUAAGCCCCUGUGCUCGUAUAGCCCCAAACUGUGCAAGCAGAGGCGACUUAACGGCUACGCCUUCUGUAUCAGACACGUUCUGGAGGACAAGACUGCCCCCUUCAAGCAAUGUGAAUAUGUGGCCAAGUAUAACAGCCAACGGUGCACCAAUCCCAUCCCCAAAUCUGAGGACCGUAGGUACUGCAACAGCCACCUGCAGGUACUUGGCUUUAUACCGAAAAAGGAGAGGAAGAAAAAGAAUGACCCCAUAGAGGAGGUAAAGGUCAGGCACCAGAUGGAUACUAUGGCCCUCAGUCUGACGAUGCCCACCCUGGCCUUGAAGAUGCCCAAUGGACUGGAUGGGAUGUCCCUCUCCCCUCCUGGGGCUAGGCUUCCUCUCCACUACCUGGAGGCAGAACUAGAAGACCCCUUUGCUUUCAACGAGGAGGAUGAUGACCUAAAGAAAGGGGCAACAGUGAGGAAAAAGUUGCAGAGCAAGUUGGCUCAAAACCGGCAGCGCCAGAGAGAGACAGAGAUUUUAAAAGUUCGCCAAGAGCACUUUAGCCCCCUUCCUGCACCUUUGCAGCAGCAGCCUCUGCAGCAGCAGCACUCCCAUCUGCCACCUUCAUCAGCUUUGUUAAAGCCAACAGGGCUACCGCAGGGCAUAGUCUGCAAGUCACCUCAACCUCCGAACACCAGCCUACCAAUGCAGGGAGUGGCACCCACCACACACACUAUAGCACAAGCCCGGCAGUUGUCUAACAAGAGACCUCUGCCUCUCCUGCCGCCUGCUAGGGCUCCCGUCACGGACCCUCCAAGGACUGAUCGGGUCCUAAUGAAAGCCACAGCCUUUUCUCCGCACUCGUCCUGCAUGAGCCGGCUACAGAGACUGGUGAAACUGUGCACUCGAAAACAGCAGCUGGACACUGAUCUGUUUCCACAUCUAGGGCUGGAUUGGUCUGAAGACAGUGGAGAGGAGUUGGAGGAUUCAGAGCAAACCUCCCCUUACCAGGUCGCGUGGUCUGUCCGAGAAACCCUCGGUUACGAAAGACAUGAGUCUGAUGAUGACAAUGCGGAUGACAGGAGUUCCAGGGUGACCAGACUUUGCACUUACUUUCAGCAGAAAUACAAGCACCUCUGCCGCCUGGAGCGGGCAGAAUCUCGUCAGAAGAAAUGCCGGCACACACUCCGGAAAGCCUUGCUGCAGGCGGCCAGCAGAGAGCCAGAGCGUGCCGGGCAACUGAUCCAGGAACUCCGGAGGGCAACCUGUGCUCGUAGCAGCACAAGCCAAGCCAGGCAGAGAGAUGCAGAACCAACAACCUGUAGUGGGACUUCGAAGGGAGAACCGUGCACUAACAAGGCCCUUCCAUUCACAAGGCAUUGUUUUCAGCAUAUCUUAUUGAACCGUUCUCAGCAGCUCUUCUCAAGUUGCACAGCCAAGUUUGCAGAUGGUCAACAGUGCUCUGUGCCAGUUUUUGACAUUACACAUCAGACACCUCUGUGCGAAGAACAUGCCAAAAAAAUGGACAACUUCUUGAGGGGGGACAGCUCCCGUAAAGUUCAGCACCAGCAGCAGAGGAAACCCAGGAAAAAAACAAAACCACCUGCACUUACCAAAAAACACAAGAAGAAGAGAAGGCGAGGUCCACGCCGGCCCCAGAAACCUAUUCCUCCUGCAGUGCCCCAAGGGAACCUCACCAUGCCUGCCAGUGUCUCACUGCCAGUAGAAAUGCCCCAUAUACGGAGCCCCUCCACCCCAGAGCUGAGUGCCGAUGAGCUGCCUGAUGAUAUCGCCAAUGAAAUCACAGACAUUCCACAUGACUUGGAAUUGAAUCAGGAGGACUUCUCUGAUGUCCUGCCACGGCUGCCCGAUGACUUGCAAGAUUUUGAUUUCUUUGAAGGUAAAAAUGGAGAUCUCCUUCCUACAACAGAAGAGGCUGAAGAACUGGAACGGGCCCUACAGGCUGUAACUUCUCUUGAGUGCCUGAGUACCAUUGGAGUACUUACACAGACAGAUGGUGUGCCAGUUCAGGAGCUGUCAGAUAGAGGGAUAGGGGUGUUCUCUACAGGUGCUGGAGCUCCAGGAAUGCAGUCCUUGAGUCGAGAGGUUAACACGGAUCUGGGGGAGCUGUUGAAUGGGCGUAUAGUACAUGAUAAUUUCUCCAGUCUGGAGCUGGAUGAGAACUUGCUCCGCUCUGCUACCUUGUCCAACCCACCUACGCCCCUGCCAGGGCAGAUCCAGGGGCAAUUCUCAGCCCCAGCCAACGUUGGCCUUACUUCUGCCACUCUGAUAAGCCAGAGUGGCCUUGGGGAGAGAGCCUUCCCAGGACAGUUUCAUGGACUUCAUGAUGGCAGCCAUGCCUCCCAGAGGCCCCACCCUGCCCAGCUGCUGAGCAAGGCAGAUGACCUGAUCACCUCACGACAGCAAUACAGCAGUGACCAUUCACACUCCUCACCCCAUGGAAGCCAUUAUGAUAGCGAGCAUGUGCCGUCUCCCUACAGUGACCAUAUCACAUCCCCUCACACCGCAUCCUUUUCUGGUGAUAACCUGGCAGCUACCUUCUCAGCAGAGAUGCCCAUGAUGGCACAGCACUUGCUCCCAACUCCGCUGGAUGUGCCACUUAGCGGGGUGGUCAACCCCAGAACUCACUGGGGAAACCUUCCUGUCAAUCUUGGGGACCCCUCUCCGUUUAGCAACCUUCUUGGUGCAGAUGGACAUCUCCUGUCCACCUCCCUGUCCACACCACCUACCACCUCGCACUCAGAGACCACGCAGCCUGCCUUCGCCACUGUGACCCCCAACAGCUCCAGCGUGCUUCCGGGGUUGCCGCAGACCAGUUUUAGUGGCAUGGGUCCUGCCUCCGCUGAACUCAUGGCCUCCACCUCCCCUAAACAACAGCUCCCUCAGUUCAGCGCAGCCUUCGGGCACCAGCUGAGCUCCCACAGUGGCAUCCCCAAGGACCUGCAGCCCAGCCACAGCUCCAUAGCUCCUCCCACGGGCUUCGCAGUGACCGGUGCCACCGCUACCAGUACCAAUAACGCAUCUGCACCCUUCACCACCUCCAACUGAGCUUGUCUGCCUGGCUCUGUGCAGGUAGAUGGGGGACCUAUGUUUUCUAUCUUUCUUUUCUUACUUUAUUAUUUUUUUUUUCUGUCCUCUCUUCCCCCACCCCCUCCUUUUUUUUUUUUUUUUUUUUUUUUUUUUUUUUUUUUUUUUUUUUUUUAUGAGGGGGUUAAAAAGAAAUCCCCAGUUUCAGUACUGACCAGGGUUAGCCCUCUGUGAACCUUGCUGUAGCGUUCACAUGUGCUUGUUACGCACCGGUGCUCAUUUAGUACAGGCAGGUUCACUGUUCCCCAGUAAUUCCUUAAGGAUACAGCACAGUUACUGGAUGUAAUUGAUCUUAGCAGUAAGACCUAGCAAUGGGAAGAUACCUCAGAUUACGGAUGCAUAUUACUGUUUCCUAGGGUUUGGAUCAGUGCUUGCCAUCCCAUAAGCAUCUGGUAGAAAGUUUUCCAGUGGGCAGAAGUCUUUUUAUUAUUAUUAUGAUUUUUUUUAAUUUUCCCAAAGGUAGCAUCUGGCAUUGAAAACUUGGCUGCGUACAUUGAAUUGAGAAUAGUGCACUGAAGUCCUAAAACAAGACCGUGGUUCAAGAAUGAGUUUGACAGCUUGUUAAGAUAGUGUCUUGACCUCCUCUGUGUGCGUGUGUGUGUUUGGGGUGCAGGGAGCGGCAGUUCUUUUUCCGCUUUUGGUGAAGAAGUGGAAAAAGUGGGAGUUGUCCCCUUUUGGAUCUGGUCACUGUUCUUACUGCAUGCUGACUUUUGUUUUGAUGAUGAUGAUUUUUAAUUCAUUGAGCAGCAAGGGGAACAAUUGACUGGUUGCCCAUAAAUUUGAAGGCUGAUGCAAAGUUAGCUCAGAGGGAAAAAAAACAACAACAAUAAAAACAACUAAAAAACCAAAACACAAUCAGAAACAUUGAAAUAAAAUAAUGGUGUAGUGAAGAUUCCUGUGCAAAAAUUCCCUUCCUUGCUGAAUUACUGUGGCCUUGUAACAUUGAUGAUUUGCCUUUUCAAGUGUGGCUUUGUCCCAGACUCCUUGCCUGACAGGCUGACAGGUAUUUUCCAGCUGAAACUGGAAGAAUUCAGUUGGUAUUCUGCCCGUCCACACAAAUCUAGUUCAGACCCUUUGGUAAGUUCCAAACAAAUGCGUUUCUCAAAUUGUUUCUGCCUAUUGAGACUUUGUUAGCUUUUUUUCCCACCAAGCCAUAUUGUUUCUGGGUUUCUUAUGGGACUCGAUGCUCUUAACAUAAAACUGAAUAUGUGUAAGGAACUAGCAGGUACCUACCAGCAGUCAUGGCUAACCAGAAGAUAAAUCACUAAAGCAAAAUAGGUAGAUAAGAGUUCUUUUAUUUUCCUAUCUUUUUUUUUCUUUUUUUUCUUUUUUCUUUCUUUCUUUCUUUUUUUUUUUUUUUUGGCAGGACAGUUUUGCUUUUACUGCCCACCUGUUGAAGACAGUGUUCAGACUCUUAGGUAGUAAUUUCAGUUCUUAAAGAAUGGAGUCCAUUAGCUUUUAGAUGUUUUUAUUUUUUAUUUUGUUUUUAAUCCAAGGGAUAACAGCAGCAGAAAUCCAGAGGUGUUUACGUGUAUCUCUUUACUGGAAGGGAAAAAAGGAAUUUGCUUGUGACUUUAUAGGGCUCAGAUUUGCUAUUAUGCUUUGACUGUAAAAGUAACAACUAUUUCAUUGGUAUAACAAGUCUCUACUACUCUUGACCUGUUUCUGAGAUGCAAAUGAGAGAGAAUAGAAAAAAACACAUUUCAGUCUCUGACUGUAGAAGAGGGAUUUCCUUCCACCUUAGAGUAACACAUCCUACCUGCAUAUAUUCUAGUCUAAUCCAGGAAACUGAGAACUGAGCACAUGUGAUAGGGAGGCCUAAUAAACUGUUUGAGCAAGGGAUCUUUGAACUAAGUUUAGUUUCUGUAGGAAUUCAUUUCGUUAGCGGUUGGGCCUGCAUCGAACUCUGACCCAAACCUCUCCUUUCAUCUUGCUAAAGAACAGAGUUUAAAUGGGAGAGGUCUUGUCUCCUUACUAUCAUAGCAAUCAUACUAUCCCCUUUUCUUGAAAGGUUUGUCCUCCUUAAACUUAGAGUAUGGAUGAUGUGUAUGUCCUUAUGAAAUUGCAAGUGUAUGUGGGUGGAGGAAACAAAAAUGAUUUUCACGCUUCUGUUGUUAUGAAGUCCUUAUUUCAUACUUGGUUAAAUAGAUCUUAAUAAUAUAAGCCUAAUAUUUUUUAAGUGGUGAUUUAAACAUGUUUGUAACAUUUAAAUGUUUUUAAAUCAUGUAAAAAGUUGAAUUGAAGCCUAUGAAAUCCUGCUUGUGAUUGUCCUGCUGAUUGAGGAAUGCCCAGUGGUAUUGUGAAAUGAGGCAAAUCUGACAAGGCAUUUAUUUAUUUUUCUAUUAAGUUCCCCACACUUCGUUGAGAAGACAACUGUUUGAUUUGCAAAUGAUUUUCAUUGUGUCCAUAUACUUUCUUCAAUGUGUUUUGGAUGACUGGCUGAAAAAGAGUGAAGAACUAGUAUACCAAAUGGUUAAUUCUUUAAUCUGUUUGUGUAUUUGUGUCAUUUUUAAAGGAUGUUGAUUUCUAUAUAUUGGUUUCAGGACUUUGGUCUUGAAAUGAUUAUUGUGCCCAUCAAACUCUCUGAUGAAGCUGCAGCUGUUGCAGAGUUUAAUUGUUCCACGUUACAUUUCUCUUUCUUAGCAAAUGCAGGGUGUGCAGGGGGAAGAGGAAUGGAGGGCCAAGUUCCGCUUGCUUAAAUUGGCAUAAAUUUCACAGGAGCACUUUGGUGUAAGGUCGCUGUGAGUUUGUACUGUUGUAAUUCAGAACAGAAUCCAGCUCCUGGUCUGAGUGUUAUUUUAGUCAGGGAAUUUCAAAAGCUGUCAAAGUUACAAAGGUUCAUAAUUCUUGUUUGAAGUCAUUGGCCAUUAUGGAUCUGCAUUCCUAUAAGGCAGCCUAGGACAUCAGCUCUUCCACUUAAACUUCAGUUUUGUAUAUCCCUUGACCUUUUCCUGAGAAGUGAUUAGGUAACAGUUUUUCAGUGAGCAAACUAAGUUUGCAGUAAACUGUACUAUUAAAAAUAAAUUUGUUUGUAUGUUUGUA